AUGGCUAGAAUGCAAGCAAAUAAAGAUAAAGUUGCCAGGUGGAAUAUUGCUGAUAUAUGUCCUAGAAUUAAGGAUAUAUUGCAUAAAAAUCAAGUGGGUGUUGCGGAGUUCAUUCCUAGAAAAUCAAAUGAGUGGAACUACGAGAUUAUAGGGGCAAGCAUACAUGAUAAGUGGGCUGUGGACUUGCUAAACAAAAUAUGCAGUUGUAGGAAAUGGGAUCUGACAGGAAUUCCUUGCAAGCAUGCCAUUGCUGCAAUUUGGGCUAAAAAAGAUGAGAUUAAUUCCUAUGCUCAUAAUUGCUACAAGGUGGAAACAUAUAAUGACUUUGCUAUUCUUCCUAUGAAUGGUCAGCAUAUGUGGCCUAAGUCCAGCAACGUGCCUCCUUUGCCUCCACAACUAGUAAGAACAAGCACAAAAGGAAGAAAGCAAAAAUUAAGGAGAAAAGAACCAGAUGAAGUAGGAGCAAUUAGAACUAAAAUGAAAAGAAAGCAGAAUUCUUUGCUUUGUAGCUUAUGUCAUAAUGCUGGCCACAAUAAAAGAACAUGCAAAUUUAAUAUUGUUCAGCCAGAUUCCCAAGUUGAUGAGUCUUCAUCUUAUGCUCCAGCCUCGUCAACUCGUGCAAAGCUUCCGGUAAGAAGAGGACACGUGGCGCAUGAACAUAUGCAAUGUGCUCAAGAAUUUGAUUCUUAACAUGACUGAAGUUCUGAUAUUGUUGCUGCUGAAAUAUUGAUAUUUUGUUGCUGAAAUGGUGAUAUUUUGCUGUUGAAAUGCUGGAAUGAGUACUUUUGCCGCUGAAAUGCCGAAUUUUUGCUGUUGAUAUGCUGAUUUCGCUGUUGAAAAUGCUGUUUUCGCUGCUGAAAUGCUGAUAUUUUCGCUGUUGAAAUGCUGGAAUUCUGUAUUUUUGUUGCUGAAAUGC